CCGUUACUUGGACACCAAGACUCGCGUGGGUCGAUGGGACAAUUCAUCGUAACAGUUGAUUUCAUCGCACGGAUCCCGUGAAAGACGUUAUGAAUGCAAAUAAAUGCAAAUAAAUGUCGUCGUCUUCUUUCAAACUUCUAGCGCUAUAAAAACCCUACACACGCCAAUCGCAAUCGCAUUUCUCCUCCUCUCUCCGUCUCUGGUUUUCGGCUCCGACUAGUACGAAAUCCCGGUAAGUUUUUCGUCUCCGUUUGCUUAUGCAAUUCUUUUGUAAAUUUAAUAUUCGCACUCUCUUUCCCUGUCAACCUUGGAGCUUUGAUUUUGGUUCUGUUAUGGAGGAUGAUCUUUUCACAAAUGCGAUAGUUUAAAUUACAGUACCGGAUUCGAACUUGAGUCAUGGUAAAUCUUGUGUAAAUCUUUGGUUUAAGUGUUUGUCUUCGUCUCAUCCGGCCUCACAAUUCUCCCAUUUGUGUUAGAAAACUUACCUAUGCAGUGUGAAGGAGAGAUUCUUGUGUCGCAAUGGCCGUAUGGGGGAUUGAGAUUCGUUCCAUAUCUCUGUGUCCGUCCGUGUCGGAGUUCGCACAAGGAGAGAUCCGGAUUACUUAAUUUCAACUUUACGGUUUAUUUAAUCCACUUCACAAAGACCCAAAAACUUGAACAGCCCGAAUCUUUUACUCUCUUGAAUGGUUUAGAUUUAUCGAAACUCCAGACACAAAAUCCAGAGUGAAUCCCAUUUCCUUAUAAGGGCACCACUACCACACAUGAGGAGAGUGGGACCGGAGGGAGGGUAGGAUCAAAAUACAUGUAUUGAGUUAGAGUAUGUCUCACCCGACCUCACCUUCGUCUCGCUUUAGUCGUUUCAGGAAAGAUUCUUCUAUUCUAUAUAGGACACUGGACACCAGACAUAAAAAUGUGAGACUAGGACUAGAGGGUGGGUGGGACCAAAUCACUAGAUUUGAGUAUUUGGUAUGAUCUCCACCCGAGAUUUCAUGUCCGUCUGCGCUAAAAAAUUUCUCCUAUUCUAUACGGUUUUGAUUAUUAUGAUUAUUAUGUUUGUGGCUUUGCAUUAUGAAUCGAGUCUUGUGACCUUUUUGGCUUAGCUAACUUUUACAAAAACUUUAAUUCAAACCAAAAUCUAUAUGAUCCAGAAAAAAUUGGGAUAGGUGAUUCGUACCUGUAAGAACAGUAAAAGCUCUGAGUUCUACAUGUAUUAGGGUUGCACGUGCUAGAAUUCAAUACGUAUUCCCGUUUUUAUUGCUUUAUCUUCACUAUAUAUAUGUGUAUAGGUUCGUAAAAACAAGGUUUAUCCCACAACUCAAGAGCUCAAAUCUCAAACCGUGACAGAAAACAUCAACUGCAUCAUUGUCCAUGUCUUCCUCCAUGGCAUCCUCAGCUUCCCAAUCUGCUGACGAAAACGAGGGGUUUGAUCUGUUGAAGUGUUCGACGGUCCAAGAGGGCAAGAAAGAUGCGGAGAUCAGGUUACCGUUAGGGUAUCGAUUUGAUCCCACCGGAGAUGAGAUUCUUGUGUACUACCUGUUUAACAAGAUUAUGGACCGCGCAAUGCCUACCUACGAUCUUAUAAAAGAGGUUGAUGUGUACGAGUGUGAUCCAAAUCAGCUGCCGAAUGGUGACUUCAGACAUACAGCCGAUUUCAAUGCUGCCUAUUACUUCGCCAAUAGAGAACCCUUUGACGCUCGUGAAGGCAAGAUAAUUAAGACGGCUACAAAUGGUGGUUACUGGAAGGUGAUCGAUGACGAAGAGGAGGUUUUGUUCGAGGACAGCAAUGUAAUCGUCGGGUUUGAAACCGUCAUGAAGUUCUACAAGGGGCAGGCGCCAAACGGGACCAAAACUCCCUUUGUCAUGAACGAAUACAGGCUCAAUCCUCGUGUAGUACCUGCUCAUGUGCUGAAUGAAAGCAUUAAGAAUAAGAUCGAGAGGUACGUGGUAUGCCAAAUUAUAAACAAGGAGGUUUCGAAUCAACCAGCAAUCGAGUAUGGACAGGGAUUGCUCGAACUACUGCAAAAAUCAUCUGCCGGCACCGUUGAAGAUGGAGUUACCAAAGUGAUGGGGCAGAAGCAGUCUAGUGCUUCAUUGAAAUAGCAAAUGCAGCUCCUUCGUUUUGAUGUUUAUAGCAGAACAUUAAGCAUCCAGUACUUUUGGCCCAGUAUUUGAUUUGACACAAGCGAUUUUUACCUAGGAAAUGGUAGGAAAGUAAUUCAAUUGA